AUGGCCAACUUGAACACAGAAAUUGUUGAUAAUCUUCGACAAAUAAUCGAAGAUGCUUGCACGGACUCUAAGAACGGUAUUCCAGGCAUGACCGUCGUCGUUGUCGGGAAAAAUGGACAAGAGCUCCUUGCGCAUUCAGCAGGCAAACGAGGAUUUGAGAGCUCUGAGCCUAUGACUCUCGACAAUAUAUUCUGGAUUGCUUCCUGUACGAAGAUGAUUACUGGCAUUGCCUGUAUGCAACUUGUCGAGCAGAAUGUGUUGGCGCUGGAUGAUGUUGCCCAGGCUGAGAAGUUGUGUCCUGAGUUGAGAGACGUCAAGGUUUUGGGAGAUGGUGGGAAGUUGGUCGAGAAGGAGAGAGGCAUUACAUUAAGGAUGUUAUUGACACAUACUGCGGGAUUUGGAUAUACUUUCUUCAACGAAAAGCUGCGAGACUGUAAUAAAGCUAUUGGGUAUGACGAGUUCUCUGGACACUUAUACGAUAUCAAACAACCACUAGUGAAUCAGCCUGGUACAAGAUGGGAAUACGGAGUCAACAUCGACUGGGCUGGUAUCCUCCUUGAACGGGCUACCGGCCUGUCGCUCAAUGCUUAUAUGCAGCGCUUCAUCUUCACUCCACUCGGCCUCGAAAAUAUCUCUAUGUUCCCAACCCAGCAUAUGAAAGAUAAGCUCGUGCACAUGCACAAUCGCAACACCGACGGCAUGAUCUCGCGCUUCGAUCAUAUUCAUCGUCGACCGUUGAUCGUGGACACGGAGGAACAGGUUAAGCAGUGUUUUAAUAGUGGUGGGGCAGGAUGCUUCGCUAAGCCACAGGAGUAUUGCCGUGCGUUUUCCAUUCCAGUCGUCCUAUCCCAAUUCUCAUCCUCAAAAUUGCUAAAUGAUGGAGCAGAGAUCCUCGCCGCGUUACUGAACGAUGGAACAUCCCCUAAGACAGGUGCACAGCUCCUGCAAAAGAGCACAGUCGACCUGAUGUUCACAAACCAAAUCCCAGAGUUCCCUCAAUUCGGACGUCAAGGUAUCCCAGACGCUAAACCAUGGCUUACGAAUCCGCUUCCAGACUUGUAUCCUUCGCCAAAGGAGGAAGGGCAAGGGUGGGGAUUGACGUUUAUGUUAAGUGGGGGAUAUACUGGGAGGAGCAAAGGAACGGCGUGGUGGGCAGGCUUACCGAAUCUGUGGUGGUGGUGUGAUAGAGAGCAUGGAGUCGCGGGCUUGGUCUGUAGUCAGAUAUUGCCAUUUGCUGAUGCAAAGGUACUUGGGCUUUGGGCGGAGUUAGAGGCAGGGAUUUACCAGGGGUUGGUGUAA